AUGAGGCUAAUGUGGAAGUCUGUGGAUAAGAUGAGGUGCUUCAGGAAACGAUCCAUGCUUCCAUUCCUCGGCUUCCUCGUCACCUUCCUGCUCUUUUUCAACCUGUACAUGGAUGAUGGAUAUGUGCUGGAGGCUGAAAAAAGACAGCUGGGAGAGACGCUGAUUCAUCCUCCAAACUCUGAAAGAUACGUCCACACAUUCAGAGACUUGUCCAAUUUCUCUGGGACCAUUAAUGUGACGUAUCGCUACCUUGCAGGAAUUCCUUUGCCACGCAAAAAGUAUCUCACCAUUGGGCUGUCAUCAGUUAAAAGAAAAAGAGGAAACUACCUCCUGGAGACGAUCAAAUCCAUCUUUGAUCAGUCCAGUUAUGAGGAACUGAAAGAGAUUGUGGUUGUGGUGCAUCUGGCAGACUUCGACCUGGUCUGGUGUGAAAACUUGGUACAGGAAAUCACCAGGAAGUUUGCUCAUCACAUCAUAGCUGGACGCCUCCUGGUAAUCCAAGCCCCAGAGGAGUACUAUCCAUCUCUGGAUGGGUUGAAAAGGAAUUACAACGACCCGGAGGACCGGGUCCGUUUCCGUUCUAAGCAGAACGUAGACUACGCUUUCCUCCUCAACUUCUGCACAAACCUCUCUCACUUCUACAUGAUGUUGGAGGACGAUGUGCGCUGCUCCAGGAACUUCCUGACGGCGCUGAAGAAGGUGAUCACCUCCAGAGAAGGUUCUUACUGGGUGAUGCUGGAAUUCUCCAAGCUGGGCUACAUCGGGAAGCUGUACCACUCCAGGGACCUGCCGCGCCUGGCUCAUUUCCUCCUCAUGUUCUACCAGGAAAUGCCCUGUGACUGGCUCCUCAUCCACUUCAGGGGUCUUCUGGCCCAGAAGGACGUGAUCCGCUUUAAGCCCUCGCUGUUCCAGCACAUGGGCUAUUACUCCUCAUAUAAAGGAGCAGAGAACAAACUGAAGGAUGAUGACUUUGAGGAAGACUCCAUAGACAUUCCUGACAACCCCCCUGCCAGCCUUUACACUAACAUCAAUGUCUUUGAAAACUACGACGCCACUAAAGCUUACAGUAGUAUCGUUGAUGAGUAUUUCUGGGGGAAACCUCCUUGCACAGGAGACUUCUUUAUCAUUAUCUUUAACAAAUCAACAAAAAUCAGCAGAAUUAAAAUCGUUACAGGUACAGAGGACCGACAAAAUGACAUUCUUCACCACGGAGCUCUGGAAGUAGGCCAGAAGUCUGUGGAAACUAAACAGGGAAGACAGUGUACAUCCUACAUCACACUGGGGGAGUUUAAAGCUGGAAACAUUGAGGUUAAUAAUGUGGACCACAAGAUCGGCUUUAACAUCGAGUGUGUACGAAUAGUUGUCACUGUCAGCCAGAAAGAAUGGCUCAUCAUAAGAACUAUCAGUUUAUGGACGGCACAACCUGUUAGUCAACUAAAUAAGUAA